AUGAAUACUGUCCUCGAAUAUGACAAAGAAUUUGAUAAAGUGAAAACGUUCCUCAAAGAAAGUAUUGACAAUAAUGAAAGAAUGUGUGAAGCCGAUUUAAUUAAAGAAGAAAAUUUUGAAUAUUUACAAUUUACUACGGAACCUGAAGCUGCUACAAUCUAUGGAAGUACAAUUGGAAACUCAACGGUAGAAAAACUACGAUUACCACAACGAAUUCAACUUGAUAAUUGUCAUGAUGAAUGUUCAAUUACUAUCCUGUUUCGUGGAACAACAUUAUAUGGACUAAGUUUACAUGAUAAAUUCAGUUAUGAAAAACAGCGAGAGCCAAAAAGAGAUGUUGUUGAUAUUGAUAAAGAAAUUUCAACUUUCUCAGAUUAGUGCUACAUUUUUAUCUAUUUUUUUUACAAAAUAUGAUGAAACAGAUAUUGUGAUGGAAUUAUUAGGCACUCUCAAGAUUGAUCUUCCGGAUCGUGGAUCUAUAGACGAGUUAGUUUUGUCAUUUGGUCAAAUGGACAAAAUUAUUUUUUGAAAUUAACAAAGGGCUGCUUAAGUUUGAAUUAUCAUUUUAUGACACAGUUAUCCAUUUUUUUUUU